GGUGAGCCGCGGCAUUCCUCGUUCCUCUCUCUAUUCUUCUCCGUCUGCCGGCUGAUGCUCGCGCGUUACCUCAGCGCAGAUAUGAGUGCAGAUCGCAGUGAAGUUUGAAGAACACCGAGAGCGGCGCGCGGUCGUGUUAUUAUUUACAUCAAACUUGCUGCAGAACUCCUCGAGUUCGUAACUUUCUCUUUUAUCCGUUUGGUUUGACCAUGGGUCCUUUCCGCAGAAAGACGUUUUAUUGGCCCGUUUGGUCAUUUGCUGUUGUUUUUGUGCUUUUGAGUCAGCGUUGUCAUGGAAGUUGUUCCGAAAGAGAGCUGAAAAAAAGAGAAGAUGAGGCGAAUGUAGUUUUAACCGGGACUGUAGAGGAGAUCAUGAACAUGGAUCCAGUGCACAACACUUAUUCCUGUAAGGUCAGGGUAUGGCGCUACCUGAAAGGUAAGACCAUGAUAAAUGGAGAGGUGCUGCUGGACGGAGGAAACAAGGUCAUGAUCGGCGGCUUCGGGGACCCCCAUAUUUGCGACAAUCAGGUGGCCACCGGAGAUACCCGCAUUUUCUUUGUCAACCUGGCCCCUGAGUACAUGUGGCCGAGCCACAAGAACGAACUGAUGCUCAACUCAAGUCUGAUGAGGAUUACUCUCCGCAACUUGGAGGAGGUAGAGAACUGCGUUGAAGAUAAACCUGUUCACUUCACACCGGCUCCUCCUCCCGAUGGUUGCCGAGGGAAGCUGUGCGGAUUUGGAGCGUUGUGUGAAAGAAACCCGGCUGACCCCUCUAAAGGAGAAUGUGUGUGUAAGAAGAUUGUGUGUACGUCCGUUGUGGCGCCGGUGUGCGGAUCAGACUCCUCCACCUAUUCCAAUGAGUGUGAGCUGGAGAAGGCCCAGUGCAAUACACAGAGACGCAUCAAAGUGAUGCGCAAAGGCCCCUGUGCCCUGAAGGACCCGUGCAGUGAGGUGACCUGUAGCUUUGGCAGCACCUGCAUCCAGUCAUCAGACGGUCUGUCCGCCAAGUGCAUGUGUCCUCUGAGUUGUGAGAACGUCCCCAAGCACGUGGUGUGCGGCAGCGAUGGCCUGGACUACCAAAGCGAAUGUGAGCUCAACAUGAAAGCCUGCGCCACCCAGAAGAACAUCCGAGUGCAUCACCAAGGCCGCUGUGAUCCUUGCAGCGACACUCUGAAUAGCGUGAAUGUGGCCUGUCGGGUGAACCCAAAAACGUACAAGCAGUUCACCUUCUCCCCAGCUGAGUCCUGCCUGCCCGACACUACGCCCAUCUGCGCCAGUGAUGGCCGCACCUACGAUAGCGAGUGUCAGAUGGAGCGUACGGCCCUGCAGAGCAAUCUGGAGCUCAAGAAGGUCUAUUUAGGCAGCUGCAAGGAGAAAGAUCUUAACAUGGAGAGCCCUUGCCUGAAGAAGACCUGUGAGUUUGGAGCCGUGUGCGUGGUGAAGAACAGCGAGCCAGUGUGUGAAUGCUCAGAUGCGUGUUCGCAGGACCAAGACCCUGUUUGCGGCAGCGAUGGGCACACUUACAGCAACUCAUGUCAAAUGAAGGCCAUGGGAUGCGCCCUUCAGAAACAGAUACAGAUGCAACACAAAGGACCAUGUGCAGAUGAGUCCUGCACCAACUGCUCGUUUGGCGCGAUCUGCGAUUCUCAGACUGGCCGGUGCGUGUGCCCCAAAGGGUGUUUGGAAACACGGCAGCCCGUGUGCGGCAGCGACGGGGUGACAUACGACAACGAGUGCAAGCUGAACGUUAAAGCCUGCACUAAGCAGCUGGAUCUCAGAGUGGUGGCCCAUGGAGAAUGCAAAACUUGUGGCAGCACUGUUUGUAGCUGGGGAGCUCGGUGCGUGCAGAACAAGUGUGAGUGUCAGCAAUGCACGGGUCAGCCAGUAAAACCCGUGUGUGGCAGCGACGGCACCACCUACAACAACGACUGUGAGCUGCGUCUGGCAGUCUGCAAGAAACAGAGGAAGAUUGAGUUGGCCAAACCUGGCGCCUGUGAUGAAGACUGCGGAUCAGGAGGCUCAGGCUCAGGAUCUGAGACCUGCGAGCAGGAUCGUUGUAAACGAUAUGGCGGAUGGUGGGACGAAGACACGGAGGACGAGCGCUGCAUAUGUGACUACACCUGUCAAACUGUGCCACACAUCCCCGUGUGUGGCUCAGAUGGGAACACGUACAGCAGCGAUUGUGAGCUGAAGAAAUCCAGGUGCGAGAAGCAAAUGGACCUGCUGCUCCAGAGUCAAGGCCCCUGUCCAGAUAUCACAUCAGUUCCUCCAGAGCUCAAUUCCUCCCAGCACUGUAGCGAAACUGUUUACGGAUGUUGUGAAGACAACAAGACCGCUGCCCUGGGUGUUGGACUGGCUGGAUGUCCUAGUGUGUGUCAGUGUAACCAUUACGGCUCAUACGGAGGCACCUGUGACCCCUCCACCGGCCAGUGCUCCUGUAAACCCGGCGUCGGGGGACUCAAGUGUGACCGCUGCGAGCCCGGAUUCUGGAACUUCCGAGGCAUCGUCACAGAGAACAUGAGCGGCUGCACACCGUGUAACUGUGAUGGAGUAGGUUCGGUUCGUGACGACUGUGAGCAGAUGUCAGGGCUGUGCUCAUGUAAGCCCGGAGUUAAGGGCAUGAAAUGCAACGUGUGCCCCGACGGCAGCAAGAAGGGAGCCAACGGCUGUGACAAAGGACCUCAGGCACCCAAGUCCUGUGAUGAGCUUGUGUGCCACUUUGGGUCAUCAUGUGUGGAGGUGAACGGACAGGCUCACUGUGAGUGCCCAUCGCCAGAUUGUGACGAAAAGAAUAAGACCAAGGUAUGUGGUUCUGAUGGAGUCACCUAUGCAGACCGGUGCCAGCUGAGGACCAUUGCGUGCCGACAAGAUAAGGAGAUCACAGUGCAGCAUUUAGGCCAGUGCAAAGAAUCCAUUGAGCUGAUGGCCAAACCCACCCCCUUCCCAACCACCCACCGCACCACCCCUCCCACCGCUUACGUCAAGAUCACCAAACAGCGCCAUGGCCACACCACCACCACCACCACCACCAUUCUUAAGGAUGUGGACAGAUUCGUGGUGGAGGCACUGCCUCCACCGAGGAUGGCCGAGGCAGAAAAGUUCUUCAGCUCUUUCACCACCCACCGCCCCACAACACCCUACAAACCACCCCGCACCUCAUCCCCACCCGAGGACUCCAGCCCUUACUUUGAGGAGUCGGGCAGUGGAGAGCCCAGUGGGGACGACGAGAUGGUGAGCGGAAUGGAGGAGAGCGGAGAAGAGCCACUUGGUACAACAGUAGCAACUACCACACUUCCCACAGCCGAGGAGCGAUCCUCCUGUGACAACACUCCUUUCGGCUGCUGUCCCGAUGGGAAGACAGCCGCCAUCAGCUCUGAGGGCACAAACUGCCCCUCCACCAUGCGUUUCAGUGGCUUCCUGCACCUGGAUAAGGUAGAGGGUCAGGAGGUCUUCUACACGCCUGAGAUGGACGACCCCAAGUCGGAACUGUUCGGUGAAACGGCCCGGAGCAUCGAGAGCGCUCUGAAUGAGUUGUUCCACAAGUCAGAUGUCCAGAAAGACUUCCAGAGUGUCCGUGUGAGGAAUCUGGCCCCCAGCAACUCCAUAAUAGCCUUUGUCGAGGCUCACUUUGACCCAGACACAAGGUUCAGCGUGGAGGAUAUUGAGGGAGCCCUUCUCAAACAGCUCAAGGCAUCUAAAGACACUGGUAUCGUUGUGAAGAAACCCGAGGAAGAGAACAUUCGCAUCACCAACUAUGGUCUUUCAACCGUUCCUUUCUUCACCACCACCACCACCGUGGCGUCUGUCACAACUCCCACCACCACCACGUUGUCUCCCACUUCUGCUUUUACCACUCUCCGCCCGACGACCACCAACAGACGGCCCUUCACCAGCCGCAGGACCACCACAGUAGCACCAGCCACCACCACUCCAUCCCAGGCCCCCACAACCACAGUCUUCCUGAGCAACAAACCGGUGGCCCACGCCAACAGGCCGUGCGACUCUCAGCCCUGCCGUCACGGCGGAACCUGCGAGGAGGAGGACAAUGACUUUACUUGCAUCUGUCCCGCUGGAAGAGGAGGAGCCGUGUGCGAGAAAGUUAUAAAGUACUUCAUACCAUCCUUCGGUGGAAAGUCUUACAUGGCUUUCCAAACCAUGAGGGCCUACCACACUGUGCGCAUUGCCAUGGAGUUCAGGGCUUCGGAAAUGACCGGGAUAUUGCUCUACAAUGGCCAAAAAAGCAAAAAGGACUUCCUGUCUCUGGCAUUAUUUGAAGGAAAGGUGGAGCUUAGGUUUAACACUGGUUCUGGGACGGCUUCAGUUAUCAGUAAGGUCGUGGUAAAGCCGGGUCGCUGGCAUCAGCUCGUAGUUGUGCGUAAUAGGCGUAACGCCAUGCUGAGCGUGGACAAUGAGCCGAUGGUUGAAGGACAAAGUCCCCCAGGAACAGAUGGACUCAACCUGGACACAGACCUUUUCAUCGGAGGAGUGCCGGAAGACAUGAUAGUAGAUGUAAAGGAGAGGACGUCAGUUUCAACAGGCCUUGUGGGUUGCGUCCGCAUGUUGGACGUCAACAACUUCGUUUUUAACCUACAAGAGAAUGGCGGGACCGUUCUAUAUGGCUCGGCCAUUGGCGAGUGUGGCAACAACCCAUGCCUGCCGAAUCCCUGCAAGAACAGAGCCUCCUGCCAGGUCAAAGAAGCCGAGAUGUUCCACUGCAAAUGUGUCAACGGUUUCUCUGGUCCGACCUGCGCUGACGCCCACAACCCCUGCGACCCCAAUAAAUGCCACCCAUCAUCACGGUGCCAGGUUCUUCCAGAGGGAGGUUACAAAUGCGAAUGUCCAAUGGGACGUGAAGGCAAGCACUGUGAAAAAGUGUCAGACAAGGGAGGCGCUUUCAUUCCUUACUUCACUGGUGACUCUUUCUUGGAGCUCAAAGGCCUUCAUCUCUAUGGCCAGGAUCUGAGGCAAAAAUUCAGCAUGACUGUCGUUCUGUUGGCCAAUGACUCCAAAGGCAUGAUUUUCUACAAUGGUCAAAAGACGGACGGCAAAGGAGAUUUCAUCUCUUUGUCCCUGAAUGAUGGUAUCCUAGAGUUUAGAUAUGACCUGGGCAAAGGGCCGGCUGUAAUUAGGAGUAAAGAAAAAAUCAAGCUGAACGAGUGGAACACAGUGAAUCUGGAGCGAGCCAGCAGAAAGGGAGAGAUCAGCAUUAACGGCAAAGACCCCGUCAGAGGAGAGGCGCCGAAAUCACGCAAGAAUCAGCACACAGAUCUUAAUCUGAAGGAGUCGCUCUUUGUGGGCGGAGCCCCUGAUUUCCGCAAAGUAGCCAGAGCUGCUGCGAUCAAAGAUGGUUUUAAAGGGGCCAUUCAGAAGAUUACUCUGAUGGGAAUUCCAAUCCUGAAAGCUGAAAAUGCCCUUCAAUCAAGUGAUGUGUCCAUGUAUCCCUACCACCCUUGCUCUAAUGAUGUUUGUGAGAACGGAGGCCGCUGCAACCCCCAGUUGGACAGUUAUGAGUGCGUCUGCCGCCACGGAUUCGCCGGACAACACUGCCAGGACGCAAUAUUCGAGAAAUCUGCUGGGGACAUGGAGGCCAUUGCAUUUGAUGGCCAUACAUUCAUCGAAUAUCACAACGGAGUCACCAAAAGCCAACUGACCAAUGAGAUCCCAGACCCUGAGUCACUGGAGAACCCGUCUGACCAGAGUGAGAAGGCCCUGCUGGUGAAUAAAUUCGAGCUGAGCAUCAAGACUGAGGCUACUCAUGGUCUGAUUUUGUGGAGCGGCAAGGGAGUAGAACGUUCCGACUACAUCGCCCUCGCCAUCGUGGACGGCCGCGUGCAGAUGACCUAUGACCUCGGCUCCAAGCCUGUGGUGCUGCGCUCCUCUGUACGGGUCAACACCAACCGCUGGAUACGAAUCAAGGCCAGCAGAGCGCUCAGAGAUGGCUCACUGCAGGUUGGUAAUGAGGCAGCUGUCACUGGGUCAUCACCCUUGGCUGCCACACAGCUGGACACAGACGGCGCUCUCUGGUUGGGUGGUCUGGAAGAGCUGUCUGUAGCCCGCCGGUUGCCCAAGGCUUACAGCACAGGCUUUGUCGGCUGCGUGAAAGAUGUGAUAGUCGACGGGGUGGAACUACAUCUGGUGGAGGACGCCUUAAACAGUCCCAAAAUAUUACACUGUUCGGCCAAAUAGCCUGGCACCACCAUUCCUCCCAACACCAUGUCUACUGCUGUAAUUAUUUUUCUAUUUUUUGUAUACUUUUCUUUGCCUUUUAUAUUGGAAAAAUUACGUUGUUUUAAUUAUGAUUUUUUUUUUUUUUUUUUUUUUUUGUGCGUGUGUUUUUUUCCCCCCCGUCUUUGCGUCCAAUCAUAAUCAUGUCCACCGUCGGCGAACAUGGUGUCACAAGACAAGCAAAAAGUCUUAUUACAUCUGUGCUGUUUCUAUGACAAACAACAGAACAUGUACUUGCUUAUUACUUGAACAGUGUCAGAUGAGAUCGGUGCUGUCUGGAUUGCCUUCUCUCGGUGCCAUAUAGCUCUCGUCACCGAACAUUCCUCUGAGCUGUUGCUGUUCUCCGUUACUGCAUUAAAAAAGGUCUAAACGAAACGACUUUCCGCUUUAUCGGCACGUGACGGCAACCGUUAAACACACUGAGCAAGACCAUGUACGAUAUUCCUCAUUUAUGAUACCACUAACAGGGGUGAAAGCUCAAAACUUGGAGCUUUUGAAUCCCAAACUGAUAGUAGCUGAUGUAACAUUUAGCAUUCCUCAAAAUUCACCCUUGUUUUUACCAUGCAAACGUCAUUAUUGACCUGUGAGAUGUAAUAAAUAGUAACGAAAUACAUGAGACUGUGAAUUUUGAAGAUGCUAUUUUUGUUGCGAUCAUUCGUCUCAUGUGUUGUGCAUAUCUAAAGAGCAAUUACUUAUAUAGAUAUACAUUUAUAUAUAUAUAUACUAUGUGACCACUUGUUGCAUGCAUCUUUUUAAGUGUUGAGUUGAUUUUGCCUUGGUUUUCUUGAUCUUCAUCAUUCCAUUCAGGGCAGAAAUGUAGCUGACUACAUUGCAAUCUGGACAUCUGAUUAUUCAAGUUGUGUGUGUGUGUUGGAAAAACGCCCGUUGCAGCAACUCAACUUUGGGAGGCGCUGUAACACAGGAUGAGAUGAGAGACUCGAAACACAUCAGGUGGACAAAAACAGCAUUGACAUUCUUGGCAUGUUCCGUCAUCGAACAAAAAUCAUGUUUUCACUGCAUUUUUUUUUUUCUUCUAUCAUGUAUCAAAUGAAAAUGUCGCUUUAAAAAUGCUGUCAGCACUUGCUAUAAAAAAAGGGAUGAUGUUUGUAGACCCCUUGCAUCCUAUGACUGUGGCCCCCAUGUUCUACGUAACCAGUGAAAAUAUUAAUGCAUGGGUUUAUCAAGUCAAAAUGGUUUUUGUAACCUGUCCCAAGAGAAAUGCAAUGCUGUGGUGCUGUCUCUGUGCAAGAAAUAUGAGUUUGAUACGAGAUGCUUUGCAAUAUUCCACUCCAAAUAAGUAUCACAGUAUCUUUUUUUUUUUUUUUUUUAACAAACCCUGGGACAUACAAGAUCAUAAACAUCAUCAUGUACAGCCCUGUGUAAAUUUGUUACUGAGGUUUUGUUUUAGUAUUAUACACUGGAAGCGAGUCUGACUUGUCUCUACACGGCAUAUCCUGAGCGAGGGGAUGGAUCUGGGAAUAAUCGAUCAUUUAUUUGUUGUCACAGGAUGUCUAGUGUUCCAGACGGGACCGGAAGCCCUUCGUUACUGCACGAGCUGUAUGGACCAUGCACCCUUUUUAGUAUAGCGCCCUCACCUUCACCUUUCCAGCGGACUCGAUUUUUCGAUCUCUUUUGUAAUAAUUUUUUUUUGACAUCCUCCAGUAGCUUUGCUCUCAAGGGAUGAGGCUCAUGGUGAGAACCACCAUGGAAAUCUGCUGUGUGAAUGGAAACUGAGAAAUGCCUUAAAAUCAUUCACCGUUCAUGGGUGACAAAAGUUCAUAUCCAUAUUGUUCUGUGCUCUCUCACUUUUCCAGUAUAUUAGCCUCAUUCCCAUCAUGUAAAUGAAUUCAUAAAUGUUAAUAAUUAUAUUAAUAAUGCUUAUGAGAAUUUCCAGAAGGCCUCGAUAAUAGUGGUUCUGGACUCUACAAAAAUACUAUUUACUGUACAAAUACUAUUUUCAGUAUCUUAUUUAUGUCUUAAGAGGAUUCUCAGUCUGGCAUUUGUAAACUACUGUUUCGAUUGAUUGAACUAAACCUGAUGGGCAGUGCACAGAAUGAGGCAUGACGUUACCAUUACUAACUUUAUUACUUGUGUCUUGUGUUCCAACCACCAUAAAAUAAAAUGUAAAACAAACUGAGCUGACUUUCUGUAACAUUUACUUCUGAUAACGUCUGUGAAUAAAUCCCUCCAGUUCCCAAAUUGUCUAA